UCCGCAAGAAGAGCAAGACUCCCACCGUGUUCUGCACACAUAUAUCAUCUUACAAACCUAAAUCUCUGCGGGAUUCUUUAAUUCUUUAUAUAAGAUUCCUCUGAAAUCAAAAAAAGAAAGGUUGCCUCUUUGGAAAGAGAAAUGGGCGGCUCCUCGGAGACAAAGAUCUUGCAAGAACUCAUACUCUAUGCGGCGAGCGCUGCUCUCAGCUGCUUAGUUCUAUUCGCCGGGCUCAAACAUCUCGACCCUAAUCGCGAGGCGUCCAAGAAAGCUCUAGAGAAUAAGAAAGAAAUCUCCAAGCGUCUCGGUCGUCCUCUCAUCCACACCAAUCCAUACGAGGAUGUAAUAGCGUGUGAUGUGAUAAAUCCAGACCACAUUGAUGUGGAGUUCGGCUCUAUCGGUGGAUUAGAGACCAUUAAGCAGUCCUUGUACGAGCUUGUGAUCUUACCCUUGAAAAGACCUGAGCUUUUUGCUUAUGGGAAGCUGCUUGGUCCUCAGAAGGGUGUCUUGCUCUACGGUCCUCCUGGUACUGGGAAGACAAUGCUUGCUAAGGCUAUUGCUAAAGAAUCAGGAGCUGUUUUUAUUAACGUUAGGGUUUCUAAUCUGAUGAGCAAGUGGUUUGGUGAUGCUCAGAAGCUUGUUGCUGCUGUGUUUAGCUUGGCGUCUAAACUCCAGCCUGCUAUCAUUUUUAUCGAUGAGGUUGACAGCUUUCUUGGUCAGCGCCGUUCAACGGAUCAUGAAGCAAUGGCUAACAUGAAGACUGAGUUUAUGGCUUUGUGGGAUGGAUUCUCCACUGAUCCGAAUGCGAGGGUUAUGGUUCUUGCUGCAACUAACAGACCGUCAGAGCUUGAUGAAGCGAUACUGAGGCGUCUCCCUCAGGCGUUUGAGAUUGGAAUGCCUGAUCGUAAGGAGAGAGCUGAGAUAUUGAAAGUGACAUUGAAAGGAGAGAGCGUGGAGCCUGAUAUCGACUUUGAUCACGUGGCUCGUUUAUGCCAAGGGUAUACAGGAUCAGACAUCUUUGAGCUCUGCAAGAAAGCAGCGUACUUCCCUAUCAGAGAAGUACUAGAGGAAGAGAGAAAAGGGAGACCAUGUCCUGUCCCUAGGCCAUUAUCACAGCUUGAUUUGGAGAAAGUUCUAGCUACGUCAAAGAAGACGCAAGUAGCAGCAGGGGAGUACUCUGGGCUGAGAGUCUCAAGGGAGCCAGAUGAGGUCCAAGCAGCGAUAAGUGGAAUCUCGAAGCUACUAGUGUCUCAGUUCAUUAACCUUCAGUCAGAUUCUCAGGGUUCAUGGCAGCGUGAACCGGAAGAAGAUUCCUGAAUGAAAUUCCGGAUCAACUUUUUUUUUAUAAAAAAUGUUCUGGUUUUAAAUGGUAAAGUUUUAGAGCUUUUGCAACAGUUUCACUCUGUUCUGUAAUAGUGCUUUAUAGAAUGCUUUAUAAUUGCUUUUUUUGCUGUUUAUCAAGAGGCUUUGAACUUAUUAUUGAAUCUCUCUUGUUCAUCAUAAUGUUAU